AUGCCUUUACGAAAUUCAUUUCUACUGUUGGAUGCUAAGAAGAGCCCUCUUGCUUUGCUUGCCCAGACAUGCAGUAAUAUUGGUGCUGAUAAUCCAAAUCACAAGCCAAUUAUUUCUGGACUUGAAAAAUCAAAAGAUAAUGAUUCAAAAAAGGACAAAUCUCCUGUUGUUAUCAGUGAUGAACUCAGUAAUAGCAAACCUUCUUUUAAGCCAUAUGAAUCUGUGAUAAAGAAAGAGGAUAUUUCUUCUGAAAUUAAUGGCAAAAAAACACCAAAUUCUAAAAGAAAUUCACCAUCUGUUGUUAAUCAAAACUCUCCUGCAAUCAGCACUGGUUCCUGUGGUAAAAGCUCUCCAACAACAUCCGACAAUGGAAGGAAUAGUGCACAUAACGUAAACAAAUCUGAUAUUGGUGUGUCUAGAUCUCUCACAUCACCUUGCACAUCUAGUGUAACAUCUACCACUCUGUGCUCCAGUCAAAACACGCUUAGUGGACUUGGUUAUGGAUCUUCAUCUGGUCUAAGUUUAGAUUUAGCAAGAAGUGAUCCCACCAAAGAAGGUUUGUCUCACUUAGGCCUAAAUGCUUAUAAAGCUUUAAAUGGCUUAAAUCCAUUAUCUAAUUGCACUGGAUGUCCAAUGCCUGGGCAUCCAAUGGAUGCUUACCAAAGCAGUGCUCAAAGUAAUUUACUCAAAGCUGGUACUUAUCCUUUAGGAGCAUCAGCAUUAUCUCCAUAUGUUGGUUAUGCUCGAGUUAAAACUGCAACUGGUGGUACUACUUUAGUGCCUGUUUGUAGAGAUGCCAACUGCACAAACUGUCAAUUCAGUAUGUAUAGUGCUCAACGAGGCCCUUGCCCAAGUGGUUGUACUCAGUGUACUCAUGAUCGAUUAGGUACCUCACUAUCUGGUUUAAGUCACGGACUUGUUCCUGGUUUGACUGGUUCUGCUGCGGCUAUGGCUGCUGUUGCUGCAGCUGGUGGUAUGCCUGGUUUAUCAUAUCCUCAUUCUAUGAUGGCAAGACCUAAUGUCUGCAGUUGGGUUGUUGGAGACAAUCUGUGUGGUAAAAUAUUUAAUUCAGCUGAAGAACUGCUACAGCAUGCUAAGACUCAUACUAGCCUAUCAGACUCUGUUUUGCCACUCAUAUCACCAGCAUUCUCUUCGGCAAGUCUCAGUGCGGCGUGUCAUAUGCACUACAGUUCUGCAGCAUCUUUGACAUCUCCAGCAGGACUCAGACGGACAUAUCCUACUAGCUUGAGUCCUGUUAGCUCCUUGUCUGCAGCUAGCCGGUACCAUCCUUAUAAACCACCUUUUUCAGGACUUCCUGGUGCUCCUUUACCACCACUUGGACAUCCGAGUUUAGGCAUGUAUUAUCCAUAUGGUUUGUAUGGACAAAGGUUAGGUCCUCCUGUGCAUCCAUAAUCCUUAUGUUAUGUGUUCGUCUCUGCAGGUUUUGUGACAUACUGUUGAAAUAUGUUGUUUUUCGUUGACUGUUAGAAGUGUAAAAUUCCUAUGAACAAACAAAAGUAAAAGCAUUAAUUCCGUAUGCAUGAAAAUAUUUAAAUUAUGUAAAAUAGCAAAUUUUAUUUCAUUUUGUUGCUAAUAUAUUCAAAGUUUCGCUGUAAUACGAUAAUAGUAUUUGUUUCCUUAAUUUUAAUUCUCUGUUAAUGUACUGUUGUAUGAACUUCAUCAAAUUCAGUUUUACAUUUAAUUGCACCUAAAAAUGAAACAAC